UUGGCAUGAAGUAGUACAAUGAAAUAAAGCUAAGAUUAUGUAAAUCUAGUACAAUAUAGAAACUAUACGUGUAAUAAAGGAAUUCGAAAAAGUUUCACCAUAUUAUAUAGUGAUAUAUACGUAUAUAUAAUUUUAUAUAUGGUAGAUUUAUUUUUGUGGGCACUACAAUUAGGAUAAAAUGUUCAUGAUAAACCGUGGGGGUAUAAUAACAAUGAAGUGUUUGAUAAAUGAUAUGAUUUAAUUCCAUUCGUUCAUCGAUUCUUCGUAUACUUUAGUUACGUCAUAAAGAAAGUUAUCAAUAUUAAGUGCAACGUUAGUAACAUUUCACUUGGUGUGUCAUUUGUCUCGGAUUGUAAGAUUAUUAAAUCGCAUUUAAAGGUCGACGAAAAAAAUGGAAAAUACAGGUGCAGUUAUGAUUGAAGGAGAAAAUUACAAAGUAGUAGAUGAGUGUAUCGAAGAUCAAGAUACAUCUAACACUACCCAAAAUAAUUCUAUGGAGAACUCUCUAGAAACUGAAAAUGCACCUAUGGUUGCUGAAGACAAACCUAUGGUUGCUGAAAAAGAACCUAUAGUUAGUGAAAAAGCACCUAUGGUUGCUGAAAAAGAACCUAUAGUUAAUGAAAAAGCACCUAUAGUUGCUGAAAAAGAACCAGUGGUUGCUGAAAAAGCACCUAUGGUUGUUGAAAAAGAACCUGUGGUUGCUGAAAAAGAACCUAUAGUUGAUGAAAAAACUUUUACAGUCAAUGAAGAAGAACCUGUAAUUGAUGAAAAGAAACCUAUGAUUGUUGAAAAAGAACCUGUAAAUGUAGAGACACCAAAUGAAAAUAUUAAACAAGAUGAAACAGUAUCACAUGUAGAUAUAAUAAAUAGUGUAUCAUCGGAUAAUUUAAAUACUAAUAAUAAUGAUCAAAAUAAUGUGUCAUAUGAAAAAAAUGAAUGUACAGUACUACCAAAUAUAGACUCAGAUAAUUUGAAUAUUAAUAAUAAUGAGCAAAAUAGCAUGUCAAAUGAAGAAAACAAAUGUUCAGAACAAUUGAAUACAUAUUCAAUUGAUUUUACUGCUGAUAUUAAUUUAGAUCAAUUGGAUGAUCAAAAAGAUAUAACAGACGAAGAUGUUCUAGAUCAUUUAAAUGAAAUUGAAAAUAUAGUUUUGAAUAGUUCAGAUUUUCCAAAAAUAACGGAAAAUGAUGAAUCUGAUGAACAAAAUGUGAUAUCUAAUUCAGAAAAUGAUGUCACAAUUAUCGAAGAAGAUGAAAAAACCGAGAAAUGUGAGGAAACAAAGAAAUGUGAAGAAACAGAGAAAUGCGAAGAAACAGAGAAAUCUGAACAAACUGAGUGGUAUAAGAACAAGCUUGCUGAGAAAGAAGCAAUUAUAAAAGAUAGAUUGUCAAAAGUGGCCAGAGUUUUAGGAAUUUCUUAUCCAUGUUACGAACAAUGGUUAGAAUGGGAAGAAUCUGUGAAUGGAUCUCCUCUAUGCAAAUUGAAGCCAGCUAGACAAUGUUGUUUGAAAAAACCAUAUACGAAUCGUUGGAAAUUUAUCUGUAGCAGAAAAAGAGUACAAGAAUCUCCAAAAAAGACAAGCGAUGCUGAUACUUAUUUUACGAAAAAUGUAGAAACAGUCUGGAAAUUAGAAGCAAGUGGGGCGUGGGGUGUUAAUGUAAACAAUGAAUCUGAAUUUCCACCUUUUGUAAUGCGUGCUGUAAAGAUAUUUGAAGAAUUUCUUCAAACCACAGAACCAAUUAGCCAAAACUGUACAAACGAAAGCUUCGCUGAUGAUAUAUCUGUAGAAAUGGAAUCAAAACCAAAUAUUGAAACAAAUAUUGAAGGGAAACAGGAAUGGUCAUGGUUACUUGUACGUUGCAAUAGCAUGGAUGAGCUGAUGCUAUUUGCAACUGGAAAAAAUAUUAAUCGUUCUACAAUGGAUCGUUUAAAACACGUUUAUGAGUCUGGACCUGGAAAAGAUUGCAAUGUGAAGUCUCUUUAUUGCAAGUCCACAAAUAAGUGUGAUGAUACUACUGUCACGGAUACAACAUUUUUGGUAGGGUCAGAAGCUUUAGAUGAAGUUGUGGGUGGAUUAAAAGUACAACUUGCACCUAAAACAAAUUUUUGGUCGAAUACUGCAGGUGCAGAGAAUGUAGCUAAUACAGUGAUGGACUUACUUGCACCUAGUCCAAAGUCAACUUUGCUUGAAAUAGGAUGUGGCAUUGGUCUUAUUGGAUUAAUGAUGGCAUCUAAAUGUCAACAAGUUAUAGGAGUGGAUUCUCCAUCAGAAGUAGAGGAAGCUGAAAUGACAUGUGAAUUAAAUAAUAUAAAAAAUGCUUCGUUUAUUAUGGGAUCUCCUACCGAAGUAAUAGGAAAAAUUAUUACAGCAGUACAAAAUCGCAAAACGUGUGCAGUAAUUAAUGCGAAUACUAACAUAGGUCGAGCAAUUGAAGUAAUGACGUGUCUCAGGAAAAUUCCAUCUCUUAAACGAAUAGUGAUGAUAACUACAUUAACUAAACAAUCAGUCCGUGCUAUAUUAGAAUUAGCUAGGCCUGCAAAUAAUACUACUUUCGGAUCACCGUUCAUUCCAAUUUUGGCAUGUGUUGUUGAUACUUUACCCGUUGGUCCUCAUUUUGAAGCUGUUAUCUUACUACAACGACGUAUGAUAAAUAAAUUCAACCAACAAUGGUGCGGAAAAAAUGCAGGGGAGAAUAUUAGAACGCCAGAAAUGAAGAUAGGUGAACAAAAUACCAACGGAGCAGAUAAGAAAAUACCAAACAAAGGAACUGAAUUACGGACAAAAAAGAACUUUAAUAAAUCGUUAAUAAAACAUCCUGCAAAAAAAUCGAAAGCACCAAUAAAAAAACCGGGACAUACAAAAGCUACUGAGAUUUCUACUGCAAAAAAUAAAUUCAAAGGGAAACGUGCUCUUUCUCCAGAUAAAAGUGAAGGACCACCAAAGAAAAUGCAGAAGUUCGUUAAAUUUGGUUCCAAAGCUUGGCAAAUGGAUUUAUCAACAAAAAAGAAAAACGAAAGGGCAACAGAAAACUCACAAUUGCGCAUCAAUCCGUUAUAUGAAAAGAAAUUACGAGAGCAUAAGGAGCAAAUUGAUUUAAGGGAAAGACUAUCUAGUAAUCGAUUUGAUACAGAUAUCGCUCAAACAGUAAAAGAACAUCAAGCACUUUUAGAAAUAGCAAAAGAAAAAUUAAGCGGACCAGCACCAACUGUUGACGUUAAUACCGCUAAACAAUUACAGAAUAUGUUGAAUAUGGUUUUAGAGCAAACAAAUAAGCUACAAAGUCAGCUUCCACGUUCUGUUUGGGAUCGUAUUGCACCACCAGAAAAUGUAAAUUUAGAUCAAAGAGAAAUUAAACAGGAGGAUGCUCUUUUAAAGGAUCGAUAUAUUCAGGAAAUGAGCUCCCAAGAUAUACUAAUCACAACGGCAAAUAAAAAAUGUUUAAAUAAUGAAGAAUCUGAACCGAAAACAUUUUAUAAGAAGUACAAUAAUUUACCGCCUUUAGAACCAAAUACAAUAAUGCCAGUGGGACAACCUACUGAUUAUAGGUUAGAAAGUCCGUUUUGCACGGGUACGACGGAGCGAUAUGAAACAGACAUGCAACAACAAACUCAGGAAAAUUCUUGGAAUCGAGAUAAUAAAUCAUUCGAAAGAAAUCGUUGGAACGAAAUGGGACCUAUGAGAAGAAUAAUUUUACCUAUGAGAAAACAAUCUUCUCCAAUAAAACAUCGUGCAACCGUUCCUAAAAGAUUUUCUCCUAAACGUCCAUUAUUAUCUCCCCCAAGACGUCCGUGUUCCCCUCCUAGAAGGCACUUUUCUCCUCUUGGCCGUCCAAACUCACCUGUUUAUAGACAACGUUCUCCUUUGAGACGUCAAAUGUCUCCUCCGCUGAGACGUCAAAUGUCUCCUCCGUUAGAUCGACCUGUCUCGCCAUUAAGACGAGUAUUACUACCAAGACGACCCGUAUCACCGAGACGUCAAACAUCGUCUCCACUGCGAGUUGAAAUGUCUAUGAAUCGAUUAUCACCAUUAAGACGUCAAGCGUCACCUUCAAGACGACAGAUAUCCCCAAUAAGAAUAUCUGUAUCUUCUCCUAGAAGGCAAUUAUCCCCAAUAAGGCGACAAAUGUCUCCAUCCAGAAGGCAGAUUCCUUCUCCUAACCGAAUGAUAUCUCCAAACAGACAGAAAAUGUUACUUUCUAAGCGACAAACAGUGCCACAAGAAAAGCAACAAAUAUCGUCAAUGAGGCGUGCAGAAUCACCACAAAGAUUUUUAUUUGGACGUCUCGCAUCACCGCCAAGAAGACAACAAUCUCCACAAGGCCGACAAAUGUCACCAAUGCAAAGGUAUGUCGAUGAAUGGGAUAUACCAAGCAGAGGAGCCAUUGAACAAAACACUGGUACUUGGCCUCGAUCUGCUGAAAGAAUGAUCAAGGAACAGAAUGUCUGGCGAAAUGAAAAACCUUCAACAUCCAACAACGAUUGGGAUCAAACCUCGUCUAACGAUAGACGUCGUAAAACAUUCAACCAAGAAAAAUGGGAUUAUAAAGAGUCUAUUCAUGACGAUACAUGGAUCAGUGGUUCAAAUAAUUGGAACUCUACAAAACCUAUGGUUAAAGAAACAUGGCCAUCAAGUACUGAUAACAGAUGGUCAAGUAUGUCUAAUAUACCUGGAAGUAGUAAUGAUAAUUGGAAUAUUCGUGGAAAAGAAAGUGCGAAUGCUUCAAAAGAAUCUUGGUUGGACAAAAACAAACAAAUUAGAUGGGACACAUUAAAUACUAAAGAUUCUUGGAAACAAUCUGACAAAGAAGAUUUAAAUGAUUUACCGGAAGAUGCAAGAGAUCCUUGGGGCGAUGAUGGUAAUUUAGAUUUAAAAGAAAGAUGGCACAAACUUGAAAAUACCGCUACAUCAUCCACGUGGAAAAGAGAAAAUGAACAACAGAGUGACAUGUGGUCAAAACAAAAAGAUGAUUGGCAAAACAAAGGGUUACCUUUUAAUGCAAAACCUCAAUGGCAAAAUAAUGGCAUUCAAAACGUCGGAGAAUCACGUUGGAUGUCUCAAAAUGAUAAUGAGAAAAAAAAUCCAUCAAAUGCUUGGCAAAGUGGAAAAAAUGUAGGAUCUUGGCAAACACAAAAUUCGAAUUUUCAACAGCAACGUUCUUUUUCUACCACCCAAUUUAAAGGUUUACAUUAAGAUCUUUGUUCCUUAAUUUAAUAAUAUUAAUUAUUAACAAUUUAGUUUGUUAGGAAGUUCUUAUCAUUACAUUACUUGGGUCACAAAGGGGAAACCAUAAGUUUUUUACGUUCCAAUCAAAGUAAAAUGUAUUUAAAAGCUAUAACAUAGGUAAAAAUACGUGAUAUUUUUAUAAUGUAACUCGCGUUACAUUACACAAUUACCUAUUACUGUAAAGUAUGUUUUACGAAUUAAUACAAACAAACGUUUAUUUAAUUU